AUGUCCUGGUCAACCACUCCGCCAGGAGAAAGCCAGUUCGAAGCAUUGAAAAGCUUCUUCAGGGAAGAGUUUCGAAAAUGGAGAGUCAAGUGUGCUGCCGCCACCACAGCACAAUACGAUGAUUUGAAAUACCCACCAUCGCCACAAUUCCGACACCUCGACCGGCGUGAAGCCGUCGAACGCGCUGAGAGGUCAGCUGAUGCGCUCGAACAAGAGGCCAGCAAACACUUGGAAGUGGCAUUUCGUUCAUGGGAAGAACUCUCCAACGAACGGCAGAGCGAGCUCUGGACCCUGGAGCUGGCACGAGGUAUCGCGAACAAACAGAUUGAAGUUGACAAACUCAAAGAGGCUCAGAGUGGCCUUCGGCAAGAGGCAUCAAGCCUCAAAAUCCAAAUAGAACAGCUUAACCGCCUGCAGCAACCGCGGGAGUUCAAGCUCGUGCCUCCCACUCAUAUACCGAUGGACGAGAAAAUUCUUUUCGAGUUGCAGGACGCGGCUGUCUCGCAGAGAAGCAGGGGCGUUGGCCUCAAUAUAAACGACCGCCAUUCGGACCUGAGCACAAUCGUCGCUACUGCUAUUGGCCGCUGGAAAAAAGUUGUUGUGUCGACCCGAACUUCUGGCCCUGGAAUGGGAGCGCAGCGGUCGCUAGGCUCGCCGACCACUACCAUCUCAGUAGCUUCAUCAGCCCUUGGUAAUGCCAACCAGGUAGUCCUCGCGCCACCGGCAACAGCACCGAGUACCCCGUCACUUUGCUCACCUGUGCAGACACGAACAAAUAUCCACACUUUGUCGCAGCCAUCUGCACGCAACCCAGAACCUUCUACAAAGCAAUCAGCAGCUGGUGCACCUUCGUCGGCUCUAGGAAGGCAUGUGGCAAAAUCACACACCCGGACCCGACCCGAAGUCUUGUCCCCCAACCGUCCGGGCGCAGGAAAUUGUGGCGUUGAUGACCGGAGACAAAACGCAAGUUGCGGUCAACAUGAAGCGGACGAGGACGACGGUGAAGAAGAAGACGAGGUUGAAGAUGAUGGCCACGAAGGUGAAGAGGGUAGUGAUAAUAGGAGAACUCCAAAGUCUACCAAACUGGCUGUGCAGGUCUCGACAACUCAAGCACCUGUCGAUGCGUUAACCGACAAGAACAACGAAGUGGAAGAGCGCGAUGAUGAAAACGAAGGAGCAAGCGAUAAGGAUGCAGACGCCGAAAUGGAAGACGGUGACGAGUUUGCCCACAUGCAUACACCAAUAUCAAGGGGAGUUUCAGCAAACGGAGAGGCGUCUACUACUCAGGCGCCGACGACGGUUAGUCAAUUCAAAAUCUCCACAGCGCGGACGGCGGCGCAACGCAUUCCACGAACGACUGGUGUCAGCGGUGCCGGACUGAUCAACGCCAGUCGGUCCAUGCCCAACAUUAAUGUUCCGAUCCACGGACAUCACAAGGACCAGAACACAGCCGCAGACAUGCUUUCGAUGAACACGCUUGGUAGUGAUGCUAUGUAUAUGGACUGA